AUGAUGCAGGGCUAUAGUAUGACUUCUCUCUGCUAUGAUAUUUCAUUGAAUAAAUGAUUUUGACUAGUUGGCCCUUACAGACAUGAUAGACCUAAGUAGUUGACACAGUGAUUUCCUAGUGGCAAUAUGUAACUUUCUGGGCAAAGUGACCAAAUUCACAUAGAACUCUAUCAUUCUAAUUGAAAGCAAGUCUAGGAGGCGGUUGAUAUCAAUCAAUCAAUUACAUUUUAUGUAUAAAGCCCAUUUUACAUCAGCAGAUGUCCCAAAGUGCUAUACAGAAACCCAGCCUAAAACCCCAAACAGCAAGCAAUGCAGAUGUAGAAGCACGGUGGCUAGGAAAAACUCCCUAGAAAGGCAGAAACCUAGGAAGAAACCUAGAGAGGAACCAGGCUCUGAGGGGUGGCCAGUCCCCUUCUGGCUGUGCCAGGUGGAGAUUAUAACAGUACAUGGCCAUUAAGGACAGAUUUUCUCCAAGAUGUUCAAACGAUCAUAGAUGACCAACAGGGUCAAAUAAUAAUCACAGUGGUUGUAGAGGUUGCAACAGGUCAGUACAUCAGGAGUAAAUGUCACUUGGCUUUUCAUAGCCGGGCAUUUAGAGGUUGAAAUAGCAGGUGCACUAGAGAGAGAGAGUUGAAAACAGCAGGUCUAGGACAAGGUAGCACGUCCGGUGAACAGGUCAGGGUUCCAUAGCCGCAGGCAGAAGAGUGGAAACUGGAGCAGCAGCCCGACCAGGUGGACUGGAGACAGCAAGGCGUCAUCAGGCCAGGUAGUCCUGAGGCAUGGUCCUAGGGCUCAGGUCCUCCGGGAUGGGAGGGAGAGAUAUGUUCUAUGUGCUCUAUUUCAAUGCAUACCGUUUUUGCGUCUUUUACUUUUGGUUUAGUACACCAGAUCAAACAACUGAAAAUACAAUACUUUUGAUUAUGGAUAAUAUAUUUCACAGCGGUUUAGAUGGUACAAUGAUUUACUAUACUAGCUUAUUUUGUCACAAACUGAAAUUAGGUUAACUGUUAGAGUUUUAGCAACCAGGAAAUGACGGAGCUAUUUCUGCGUAGUGCAACUUGAAUGUUUUACAGCAAAGGCAGAUUACAUGGAGAGAAGGCAAAUUGAGACAAAUUAUCUAAAUGUUUUAUUUUUUCCCCUACAGAGAUCUACUCGCUGAAUUACAUCUACACUACCCUCUCAAAGCCAGUUGAAUUACCUGGUAUCUAUGAGUUCACUGCCAUGGGCCUGAUGAAUGACAGACAGAUCGACUACUAUGACAGUGUGGCAAAGAAGAAAAUUCCCAAACAGGACUGGAUGAGAGAGAAGCUGCCAGCAGACUACUGGGGAAAAGGCACCCAGUCACGCAAGAGCAAUGAACAGUGGUUCAAAGUCAAUGUCAACAUCCUGAUGGACCGCAUGAGGCACUGGUGAGAAACUACGCCUGCAUUUUGUCCUACGCUCAACAUUUAUAUUUUUCUUAAAUUGUGGGUUAUUAGGUAUCUAUCUACCUUCUUUUUCAUUAUUUUUCAUUUGUUUCAGAUGUCCAUAUCCUUCAGUGGAAGCAUGGCUGUGAGAUUGACAUACAGCCAGAUGGCACAUUGAAAUUAAAAAAGGGCACUGACCAAUACAGCUACGAUGGUGACGACUUCCUGGCCUUUGAUGAUGCCACUAUGCAGUGGGUGGCCCCAGUCGAUCAAGCUCUGCCGACUAAGAGGAAGUGGGACGAGGUGCAGAUCCUCAACCAGUACACCAAGGGCUACCUGGAGAAGGAGUGUGUGGACUGGCUGUCCAAAUUCAUGGCAUAUGGGGACAAAGAAUUCAGUAGCGCUGACUGUGAGUACUUAUGAAUGUUAAUCUUCUUAAAUAGUGUAGCCUAACAAUUGGUUAACAGAAAAGGACCUGUGAGAUUAGAAAUGAAAUAUUAAUGUUCUCUGUUUAUUCCCUCUUUAGCCAUUCCAAAGAUCUAUGUGUUUGCUAAAAAGGCCAAAACUGCAGGAAAUGUCCGCCUGACCUGCAUGGCGACAGGUUUCUAUCCCAAAGAUGUGAUAAUUAAUAUUAAGAAGAAUGGUCUCCAAUUGAACAAAGACGAUGGAGUACAGUCUACAGGAGCCCAGCCCAAUAAUGAUGACACCUAUCAGAUCAGGAUUAGUGUGCAGAUAGAUCCCAGAGGCAGACAAGGAAACGUAUGUAUGCUAUGUCAGCCAUACAACGUUGAAGGAGCCAAUUAUGGAAAUAUGGAGUAA